CACAAGCGCAGCACACAACCAGUCGCACGGCGAUUGGAGGAUCAGCAGCGGCGAGUACCUACUCGCAUGUGCGUGUGAAGGAGGAGCCACGAGAGGGAGAUGACGACCAAAAUCAUGUCGCGGUCUCGAGUACAAUAUUAUCCUGUGCAAAAGUAAAAUCGUACAUGCCAGUCACGCAUGACAGAUCUGCUUGUUUGCUUUUGAAUCCACUUUGCUUGAGAAUCCGCAUGACAAGUUUCGUACUUAUCUUUUUCGAAAAAAUCUGCUUUCAUUUUGCGGCCUGGCGCAAGAUUGCGUCACGGCUUCGCACCUUCACAGGACGGGAUUCCGGGCCCCCCGGGGCACCGGCUGGCGCCGGGGGGCCCAGAAUCCGCUCCUGCAAGAGGUUCGUCUUUGUGCCAUUUUUGGGUCCCGGCGCAAGAUUGCGUCACAAUUUCGCACCCUCACAGGACGGUAUUCUGGGCCCCCCGGGACACCGGCUGGCGCCGGGGGGCCCAGAAUCCGCUCCUGCAAGGGGUUUGUCUUUGUGCCAUUUUUGGGUCCCGGCGCAAGAUUGCGUCACAAUUUCGCACCUUCACAGGACGGUAUUCUGGGCCCCCCGGGACACGGGCUGUCGCCGGGGGGCCCAGAAUACCGUCCUGUAAGAGGUUCGUCUUUGUGCCAUUUUUUGGCCCCGGCGCAAGAUUGCGUCACGGUUUUUGACCUUCACAGGACGGUAUUCUGGGCCCCCCGGGACACGGGCUGUCGCCGGGGGGCCCAGAAUACCGUCCUGUAAGAGGUUCGUCUUUGUGCCAUUUUUUGGCCCCGGCGCAAGAUUGCGUCACGGUUUUUGACCUUCACAGGACGGUAUUCUGGGCCCCCCGGGACACGGGCUGUCGCCGGGGGGCCCAGAAUACCGUCCUGUAAGAGGUUCGUCUUUGUGCCAUUUUUUGGCCCCGGCGCAAGAUUGCGUCACGGUUUUUGACCUUCACAGGACGGUAUUCUGGGCCCCCCGGGACACGGGCUGUCGCCGGGGGGCCCAGAAUACCGUCCUGUAAGAGGUUCGUCUUUGUGCCAUUUUUUGGCCCCGGCGCAAGAUUGCGUCACGGUUUUUGACCUUCACAGGACGGUAUUCUGGGCCCCCCGGGACACGGGCUGUCGCCGGGGGGCCCAGAAUACCGUCCUGUAAGAGGUUCGUCUUUGUGCCAUUUUUUGGCCCCGGCGCAAGAUUGCGUCACGGUUUUUGACCUUCACAGGACGGUAUUCUGGGCCCCCCGGGACACGGGCUGUCGCCGGGGGGCCCAGAAUACCGUCCUGUAAGAGGUUCGUCUUUGUGCCAUUUUUUGGCCCCGGCGCAAGAUUGCGUCACGGUUUUUGACCUUCACAGGACGGUAUUCUGGGCCCCCCGGGACACGGGCUGUCGCCGGGGGGCCCAGAAUACCGUCCUGUAAGAGGUUCGUCUUUGUGCCAUUUUUUGGCCCCGGCGCAAGAUUGCGUCACGGUUUUUGACCUUCACAGGACGGUAUUCUGGGCCCCCCGGGACACGGGCUGUCGCCGGGGGGCCCAGAAUACCGUCCUGUAAGAGGUUCGUCUUUGUGCCAUUUUUUGGCCCCGGCGCAAGAUUGCGUCACGGUUUUUGACCUUCACAGGACGGUAUUCUGGGCCCCCCGGGACACGGGCUGUCGCCGGGGGGCCCAGAAUACCGUCCUGUAAGAGGUUCGUCUUUGUGCCAUUUUUUGGCCCCGGCGCAAGAUUGCGUCACGGUUUUUGACCUUCACAGGACGGUAUUCUGGGCCCCCCGGGACACGGGCUGUCGCCGGGGGGCCCAGAAUACCGUCCUGUAAGAGGUUCGUCUUUGUGCCAUUUUUUGGCCCCGGCGCAAGAUUGCGUCACGGUUUUUAACCUUCACAGGACGGUAUUCUGGGCCCCCCGGGACACGGGCUGUCGCCGGGGGGCCCAGAAUACCGUCCUCUAAGAGAUUUGUCUUUGUGCCAUUUUUUGGCCCCGGCGCAAGAUUGCGUCACGGUUUUUGACCUUCACAGGACGGUAUUCUGGGCCCCCCGGGACGCCGGCUGGCGCCGGGGGGGCCAGAGUCCGCUCCUGCAAGAGGUUCGUCUUUGUGCCAUUUCUGGGUCCCGGCGCAAGAUUGCGUCACAAUUUCGCACCUUCCCAGGGCGGUAUUCUGGGCCCCCCGGGACACCGGCUGGCGCCGGGGGGGGACCAGAAUCCGCUCCUGCAAGAGGUUCGUCUUUGUGCCAUUGUAUUUGUAUUAACAUGCAAUUCCAAUUUGAAUUUCUACUCGUACGAUGCCUCUUUGAAUGCAUAUCCAACGUCUGGCGCGCGCACCAUCGCACUGGCGGACUGUCUGCUCCGGGGCUUGGCGGCUGCCGUGGAGCAGAAUCCUAUCGAAGACGGGUUUGGGGAGGAACUGUUCGGGCUUCUCUCCGGCAACGAAACCAUCCCGCAGGCAGAUAAGGAGCGGCUGCUGGAGAUCGCACUGAACCUGCACACGCGGCAUAACGAGCGACUGGAACAACUGCAGUCCGUCGUGG